GUAAAGGCAGGUUUAAGCAGCUGCCCUGCACUUUCCCUGGAAUCUUGUAAGCAAAUUGAAAUAAAAUCUCUGUAGGGGACUAUGAAUUUACUAGUAAAAUAUUCCAUCUUAUCCCUCUUUCUCUCUCACAAGGGCAAAAAAGGAAAAUAAAUUAUUCUUUGUCAUCUGCCUAUAUGUACCAUCGUGUUUGCGUUCUUUCUUCAUCACCAAAUUGUUCAAGAAGUAACAAGCCAAAGUUUAAAAUCUCUUGAUCUCAACAUGACGAUAGUAGAGAUGAGGGUGCAUAUGGAUUGUGCAGGGUGCGAGAAAAAAAUCAGGAAAGCCCUUCAAAAAUUAGAUGGAGUGGACGACGUAGACAUAGACAUGGAGACGCAGAAGGUAACAGUUAUGGGAUGGGCAGAUCAGAAGAAAGUGCUGAAGACAGUGAGAAAGACUGGAAGGAGAGCGGAGCUGUGGCCAUAUCCUUACAACCCAGAAUACCAUAACUACUACUAUCAACAUCAACAACAACAGCAAAAUUACUUCUAUCGAAACCCAGUUGAAGUUGCAGCUGCUGCAGGUGUCUCCUACCGACAGCGUGCAUAUCAACGCCUACCUUCUACUUCAUCAUAUAAUUACAGGAAGCAUGGCUACACUGCCGACGAUUAUGGUUAUUAUCAACCCUCUCCUUAUUCCCAUAUCAUUGACGACCGGGCUUCCGCCAUGUUCAGUGACGACAAUCCUAAUGCUUGUUCCAUUAUGUAACUAAGUUUUUUAGUCUUUAAUUAAUAGUGUCAUUGUCUAAUACAUAUAUUUAUAUUCAUAACAUUGUAAAA